GCGUCAUUACUCUAAAAACUCAGUACCUAGCUCCUUCAUCUGAGACAUAAAAGGAAGAAAAGACAACUGUGCUUGUCAGGUGUUUGUCAAUUGUCAAUUGUCAAGAGAAAGUUUGUAAUUUGCUCAACUUUUCACAAAACUAUGUUACAAAUCUACUAGAAGUUUUGUUUUCUUAGAUUCUAUAUAUUGUGCAUAUUACAUUACAACAAGUUUUAUAUCAAAGUUGUGGUCGACCUCAUUUUAUAUUAACGAACAGGUGUAUUCUGAUUCUAAAAAGUUUAUAAGUUUGCUGUAGCUCGACAGUCGCAAAAAACUUUUAUCUGAUUAUCAGGCCGAUUUGUGGGCUUCGCUCCAUAAAAAGAUCCUGGAAGAAUCCGAAACCGCCUAUGAGAGACCUACGUCCGGCGGCGGACGCGCAUCGGUCGACGCGGGUACGGCGACGCGGCAACGUCGACGAGUCCCUCACGGAGCGCGUCGGCAGAUGCGCUGAGCCGCCGGGCGCCGGGCGCGGCAUGUCAUGGCCGGGCGGCGCGUGACUCGCAAGUGGGAGGUGUUCGCGGGCCGCAACCGCUUCUGGUGCGACGGGCGGCUCAUGACGGCGCCGCAGCCCGGCGUGUUCCUGCUCACGCUGGCGCUCAUCUGCGGCACCAGCGCGCUGCACUUCGCCUUCGACGCGCCCUUCCUGGCGGCGCGCGUGUCGCCCGCGCUGCCCGCCGCCGGCGCCGCGCUGCUCGCGGCCACGCUGGGCGCGCUGCUGCGCACGGCGCUGGCCGACCCGGGCAUCCUGCCGCGCGCGCCGCCCGCCGCCGACGCCGCGCGCCCGCCGCCGCGCGCGCGGGAGGUGCUGGUGCGCGGCCGCGCCGUGCGCCUCAAGUACUGCUACACGUGCCGCAUGUUCCGCCCGCCGCGCGCCUCGCACUGCUCGCUGUGCGACAACUGCGUGGAGCGCUUCGACCACCACUGCCCCUGGGUGGGCAACUGCGUGGGCCAGCGCAACUACCGCCACUUCUACCUGUUCGUGGUGUCGCUGGCCUUCCUGGCCGUGUUCGUGCUGGCCUGCGCCGCCGCGCACCUGGCGCUGCUGGCGCGCGGCGCGGGGCUGGCGGCCGCGCUGCGCGCCUCGCCCGCGUCGGCGCUGGCGGCCGGCGUGUGCUUCCUGGCCGUGUGGUCGGUGCUGGGCCUGGCGGGCUUCCACACCUACCUGGCGUCCACCGACCAGACCACCAACGAGGACAUCAAGGGCGCGUUCUCGGCGCGGCGCGGCGUGCCCGGCGCCAACCCCUACUCGCGCGGCAACGCGUGCGCCAACUGCUGGCACGUGCUCUGCGGCCCGCUGCGGCCCAGCCUCAUCGACCGGCGCGGGCCCGCCGGCGACCCGCGCGACCGGCUGCCGCCGCGCCUGCUGGCGCUGUGCGAGCAGCCGCAACCGCAGCCGCAACCGCAGCCGCAGCCGCACGACGGCGCGCGGCACGCCUACAUGAACCACAGCCUCGACCUCGACCCUGCGGCCGGCGGCGCGGGCCCGGCGGCCGGCGCGGCCGUGGCGCCGGGCGGCGCGCUGAGCGCCUCGCGCCUGCGCCUGCUGCUCGACACCACCAUGAUCGACGCCGCGCUGGACCUGGACGAGCCCGAGCCGCCCUCCGCCCUCCGCCCCGCCGCGUGACCGCGCCGC